CAGCCAGUUGCAUCGUCAGACGUAAAGUGUUCCUUAAGGUGUGAAAGAACAGGAUGAAUUUUAGGUGGACUCUCAGAACAGCGAAAGGCCGCUGGCUGGUGAGCAUCAGCCGGCAAAGCUCACAUGGAUCCACGGGGUUAUUUGUGCCACCAAGUCCACCUCUAGACCCGGAGAAGGUCAAAGAGUUACAGCGCUUCAUCACCCUAUCCAAGAGACUCCUGGUGAUGACUGGGGCAGGAAUCUCCACUGAGUCAGGGAUCCCAGACUACAGGUCAGAAAAGGUGGGACUCUAUGCCCGCACUGACCAGAAACCCAUCCAGCACGGGGAUUUUCUACGGAGCGCUCCAAUCCGCCAGCGGUACUGGGCGAGAAACUUCGUAGGCUGGCCUCGGUUCUCGUCCCUCCAGCCCAACCCUGCCCAUUGGGCCUUGAGCAACUGGGAGAGACUUGGAAAGCUGUACUGGUUGGUGACCCAAAAUGUGGAUGCCUUGCACACUAAAGCAGGGAGUCAGCGCCUGACAGAACUCCAUGGCUGCAUGCACAGGGUCCUUUGCUUGGCCUGUGGUGACCAGAUCCCCCGGGGGGUGUUACAAGAGCGUUUUGAAGCUCUGAACCCCACCUGGAGUGCCGAGGCCCACGGCCUGGCUCCUGAUGGCGACGUCUUCCUCACAGAGGAGCAGGUACAGAGCUUCCGGGUCCCGUCCUGCGCCCGAUGUGGAGGCCCCCUGAAACCAGAUGUUGUUUUCUUCGGGGACACGGUGAACCCUGACAAGGUUGACUUUGUGCGCAGGCGUGUAAAAGAAGCUGACUCCCUCCUGGUAGUGGGAUCAUCCUUGCAGGUUUACUCUGGUUACAGGUUCAUCCUCACUGCCCGAGAGAAGAAGCUCCCAAUUGCAAUACUUAACAUUGGGCCCACGCGGUCCGAUGACUUGGCGUGUCUGAAACUGGAUUCUCGUUGUGGAGAACUGCUGCCUCUGAUAGACCCACACUGACCACAGCCUGAUGCUCCUGAGACAGAAACUGGGACUUUCACUUGAAUCCUGCUAUUAAAGAUCCUUAAGGAUUCCUCCUUCUUCCUCUAACUAACCGAAGCUCACUGAGUACAGCCUGUAGAGGGCAGCAAACCAGCAUCUUUCUCCUAGCCUGCCUAUGAACAGGGCAGGUUCCAGUCAGGCUGAUGAAAUUUUCCCCUGAAGAACGACUUUUUCAGAGAAGCAGCUUCUAUUGAUAGGUAAACUACUUUCACUUCCUUUUUACCUCACCAGGCAGUAGAAACGGCCUGGGAAACACGUAGGCCAGAAUGGUCUCUGGAGCAGUAACCAGGAAUCUCACUAAUGCGGAGGCUGAGGGGAGAAGUAAAGGACUUAAUUUAGAAUUCCUAAUGGUUAAAUGUCUUUAACUGAAACAUUCUGGUAUAUUUUUCUAAAAUAUGAGCAAUGUUCUGAAUAAAUUUUUU